UAAACAACAAAAGUACAGUGAUCCAUUAAAAUGAUUUUAUUUGUUACUUUAUUGGGCUUAGUCCUAGCGCUUGGCAUUUACUACAUACUUGGAAGUUAUAACGAAUUUUACUGGAAGAAACGUGGAGUCAGAUUCUACUCGAAGAACAAACUGACAGGACCCUUAUGGGAAUAUAUUAUAUCAAAUCAACCGACUUUUACCAUCAUCCACGGCAUAUACAAGAAAUACCGGAAGGAACCAAUAGUUGGAAUCGGACAGUUAUUCACUCCGACAUUUCUAGUAAUCGACAAACAGAACAUCCAACACGUGCUACAAUCUGACUUCCAAGCCUUCAAUCACCGUGGAACAGAAAUCAGCAAAAGCGAUGUUCUCAACGACAACAUCCUCUUUAUGCACGGACUAAGAUGGAAGCUUAUGCGUCAAAACAUGACCCCGCUUUUCACAGCAGCGAAACUGAAGGACAUGUAUUACAUCCUCGACAAAAGUGCACAAGAUUUUAUGGACUAUCUGAAAAACGAUCCUUUGAAACUGAACAAUCUCUUCGAUACUUUUUCUACGUUCUGUAGUGCUGCCAUAGGAGCUGCCGUCUUCGGAAUUACAACAAAAUCCACCUUCGACUCGCCAUUCCUUAAAAUGUCUCAAGAUGCCUUAGCGCCAACUCUAAAAACAAAUAUUAAAUUCACCUUAACGUCUCUAUUUCCAAAUGCAGCAAAAGUUUUCGGACUCAAAUUUUUUGGGGAUCACGAAUCCUUUUUCAUUGGAGCAAUAAAACAAGUGAUACGUCAAAGGGAAAAGGAACACGUGAAAAAACAUGAUUUUGCUGAUAUUUGUGUUAGUUUACAAAAGAAAGGCAAGCUUAAGGAUUUAGACACUGGUUAUGAGUUGGAACCGACCGAUGAGAUACUGGCUGCACAAGCAUUUUUCUUCUUCCUUGCUGGAGUUGAACCUACUGCUGCAUCCCUAUUUGCCACUUUCUUAGAACUAGGAAGAUUGCCUGAUAUUCUUGAGAAAGUUCAAAAUGAAAUAGACAAUACUUUCGAAAAGUACAAUGGACAAAUGACGUAUGAAGCUAUUGCUGAAAUGGAAUACGUGGAAAAAGUGUACAACGAAGCCUUGAGAAUGUAUCCCCCGAUUGGUAUCUUGACGAGGCAGUGUGUCAAGGAUUCAGUAUUGCCUGUUGGCAACAUUAAAGUAUCUAAAGGUACGAAGAUUUUCAUUCCUGUAUAUUCUCUACAUCACGAUCCCGAGACGUACCCAAAUCCACACGUGUUUGACCCGGAAAGAUUUGCAAGCGACCAAUCUUUGAGUGAUAUUUCUUACAUGGGUUUCGGUAAAGGCAAUAGAUUGUGUAUUGGAAUGAGGUAUGCAAAGAUGCAGGCGAAAGCUGGAAUAGUCCAUUUGUUGAGAAACUUUUCUCCGAAAACCACGGUGGGAAAGGGUGGAAUACAGUUCAGUAAGCAACCAAUAGCAGUUCGACCAAUCAACGUAAAUGUUCAAUUAAUACCAAGAAAGAUCAAAAGCUAUUGAAAUUAUGGAUGUGUGUUUAAAUUAUCGUGUGUUCUUUUUCAAUUACUUGUAAAAUAUCUCAGGUUUCUUGUCACUUUUAUAGUAGUCAUCAAAAUAAUAGGUACUUACAAAAAUAAAGGAAAAUGUUUUGCGCAAGACUGAGAACAAACGUAGACAUUACACUAAACAUAAUAUAUAAUUAAUGAAUCAUUGUAAAUAUAUUAAAUAGACAUGUAAGUAUACAUAUGCAAUGGCCCCGAUUCCUGCAGACACCUAAUUUUAUUUUAAGUUAUAUCUGUCAUUUUCUUAUCCGCCAAAAAGGAAAGCGACAGGUGAUUGACUACUGUUAAUUUUAAAAUAAAUAACUGAAUGCAUAAAUAAACCCUUGCGAAUAAAAUGGGCAUCUCGCUAAUAUGCUGUCAACUUAAUUCUGUCCGUUUAUUGGCUUUUUAAAUUUCUACCUAAAAUUGAAGUGUGUUCCAUAAAUUUUAUGCCUGUCAAUUACCCGUCCCUUUCUUUUCAGUGGAUAAAAAAUGACAGGUAUAACUUAAAAUAAAAUUAGAUGGUGUGUAAUGGAGUUAACACCAAUGUGUAUGUAAUAGUGCGUGCGACGGUGAGUCAUACGAGUUUGUUUUUUUAUAAUUCAACUACGACCCGCCCGGCUUCGCUCGGGUGCAAUGCUGAGGAAAAAAAUACCUCAAAAAUAACAGUAUUUCUCCACUAUUUAAUGGAUGUUAUUAUACAUAUAAACCUUCCCCUUGAAUCACUCUAUCUAUUAAAAAAAAAUGCACCAAAAAUACGUUGCGUAGUUUUAAUAAAGAUUUAAGCGUACAUAGGGUUAUAGGGACAGAAAAAGCAACUUCGUUUUAUACUAUGUAGUGAUAAAUGUAUAAAACAUUCUACACCUGUGCUUAAUUAAAAAACAUAUUGACAAUG